AGCGGUUCGUAGGCCUCCUUCUCAUGCUUCUCUUCUGAUUAUCCCGCAAGACGGCUCCUGCGUGAUUUUGUUUGUCUGCACGAUCGGAUCGCCUAUGGCACCAAUACGACGUCGGAGCUCUGAGGAGCAUGAGGGAGAAGGAGAGGGAUGGGGGGAAGGGGGAGCAGAAACUGCGCGCCUCCCUCUUCUUGAUGUCGAGCGGCCCUACUUUCCUAUCCGCAGGCCGCCCGCUACGAGAGAGGCACGAGCUGCCGACACCCGCGUUCGGUUGUCCGCGCGGAGAGCCGGCCCCGCCGGAGAGCUCUGCCGCUCCCGCGGGGAGGUCGCCGUGCGGCGGGGGGCGAGCCCGCGAGAAAGGACCGGGUCGAGCUACGCAGGAGCAUGCCCUGAGAACAGGCCCGACUUAUGAAGGGAGAAAGAAAGGCGGCAAAGUUUGCCGGAUGAGGGGUCGCUCCUGCAGCGGCGGCGCGGUCGGAGGACCAAAAAAAACUGCACAAGCAUUGACCCGCCGAGCCCAGCGGCGUGUGAGAUUCAACCGUGAGCGUCUUGCGGAGGAGGAGGCGCAGGAGCGCGAGGGGGUCUGGGCCCGCGCCGCCGCCUCGGACUCCGCGCCCCCCCUUCUGCCUGCCGCGCGGGGGCGGCGCCGAGAGGCGCCCGGGGGCGAGGCGCGCUCUUUGGUCGCGGCCCGAGGCCUCCGACGGCGCGGGCCAUCGCGCACAGAGCGGCGAUCAAAAAUCGAUCACCACGAGUUGGGAGAAGGAUGUGGCAAGAUCUCGUUCGGCAAGGGGAUCACAGCGCGAGUGCGCGGGGCGGGGGGGGCCAGGAGGAGCUGCAGAGGCGUACGGGCGGAGGUCAGGGGCGAGAGAGACGGUGGGGACGCCACCGCCUGCGCCGCGCCAAAAAGCGCUCGGCGCUGCCCUGGGAGUCGGCAGGUGGUCGCCAUCGGGCCGUCUAUCCCCUCAGCUCCCAAUCUGAAGCACAAGAUCUUCCAGCUCGUCCACCUCCUUGGUGUCGCUGCCAGGGUCCCCCAGCUCGCUGCAACACUCGUCAUGGCACUGUGUGCCAUCGCUGGGCCCCUCGCAAGCCGCGGGCGUCGCCCAGGCGCACAUGCACUGCUCCUUGGGGCUGGCGUCUUCCUCGCCACUGUCCUCACCACCACCGCCGCCACCACCGGCGUCCUCCUCAUCACCGCCGCCCCCGACCUGUGCACAGCACUUUUGCCAGCAGCAGCUGUUGUCCACGGAGCUUGCGUCGCACGCGCCUGGCGUGUCGGCCCACUUGCACUGGCAUUUGCACUCUCCCCCCUCCCCGGGCGGAGGCGGAGUGGUGUGCGCGCCCUCUCCGACCCCAUUCGGGCCCUCCGCCGGCAUGCCGUCGGCAUUGCCGAUCUCCAGGACCGCGCUGAUGGCGUCGUGGUCGCUACCACCGUCUCCUAAAUUAACCGUGCCGAUCACAGACGACGGGGGGGUGUUACUCAGUAUGUUGUCAAUACCGCCACACAUCGCCCCGUUGAAAAUAUGAACCAAAUACUGCGACAGCUCGCUGAUUGUAUCUGAAGCUGGAGCUGCGUUGAAGUCGCCGACCACAAUGAUUGCGUCACCUUCUUUUGCGUUGGCCACUAUGACUCGAAUCAAGUUGGAAGCAGUGACCUUUCCGCCGCACUCGCCGCCGGUGUCCACCGGGAGCGGGCCGUGGUGGUUCAUGAAGAACAAAAACUUGCCCGUGCCCGUGUGUUUCAGCCGCACCCACUGCGCAGCCCGCGCGCCGUAGAGGCCGGGCUGAUCCUCGGCUACGUCCUCCAUGCCCUGUGCAACCAUGUCCCACCUCUCCUUCAGCCAGGCCACGCAGAUGGCGUGCUCCCCCUGCGCAGCCGAGAACCGCGUGGACAUGUCAGCGUCCCGCAGGACCCUGUCGACGUCCUCGCACUCCUGGAAGCCCAUGACGUCGAACGCCCUGUCAUGGGCGGCCUCUUUCAUUAACUUCCCUGCGCUGCCGUCGUUGCCAUUGCGGAGCUGGAAGAGAUUCCACCAGAACAAAUUGUACGACAACACCUUGACCUGGAUAGACUGCGCGACCGGCGCUGAAUCCCACAAACUCUUCGGGAGCGGCCCGGUCAGCCCAGAGCAGCCGGCAGUGUCUGGGUCGACGGGCCCGGCGGGCUCUGGGGCCUCGGCCUCGCACGUGGGCGUGUCCCUAUUCUUGCAGCACCAAUCCUUCUUCGCUCCAGACCAGCCCGCCUCCCAGUUGGAGAAGCCGGCGUCGCAGUCGAAGGGUUCCGACGGCGCCGCUGUCGCCGCUGGCUCCGUCGGGACGUUGGGGGACGCCGGCGCUGGCAGAGGGGCGGCCACGCCUGCGGGGGGAGGCGGCUUCGACGGCGGCGGGGCUGGCGGCGGGGCGGCCACGCCUGGCAGGGGCGCCGCCGCCGCCGCCGGCGCCGCCGCCGGCG